GAGAUUUACCUGGAGCUCGCCGCGCGGUUCGUGUUGAACGCGCCGCCGAGCGAAAUCGAGGAUUUCAAUCGAUUGAUGUUUCUCAUAGAGCAGGCGCACUGGUAUUACAUCGACUUUACGUGCGAACAAGACGCGUCUUUGAGCGCGAGCAUGGGUUUAAACGAGUUCGCCAAGGGGAUGAUCAGCAGCGUGGAGACGCUGAAGUCGCGAAUCCCUGGAUUUAAGAAUAAUUUCGAGAAGUUUAAGUCGUAUAAGUUUGCAAUCCCGACGUGCGGCGCGGUGCUGUUGAAUCCGACUAUGGAUAAAUGUUUGAUGGUUAGAGGGUGGGGCAGUCAGAAUAAGUCGUUAGGAUUUCCCAAAGGGAAGAUGGAUGCUAAUGAGACCGAGGCAGAGUGCGCGGCGAGAGAGGUUGAGGAGGAGAUCGGGGUGGACAUUCGACAGUUCAUAGUGGAGGAGGACAAGGUGGUGUUUAUGCGAAAGCGGAAACCAUCCGACAAGUUGGGUCAAAAGAACACGCUGUACUUGAUUCAGGGGAUCUCCGAAGAGACAAAAUUCUUGACGCACACGCGAAAAGAAAUAUCGGACAUCGUGUGGAACCCUCUCUGGAUCUUUGAUCAGCCCGAAGAAGCGUUGAAAAAGUUCAAAAACAAGUAUGGGCAAAUCUACCCGGCUUUACGGGACAUCAUGGCGUGGGUGAAGCAGAACAAGAAAAAGCACCCGAAGCCGCGAACGAAUCAAGUAGCGGCGCCGCAAUCGCCCGCCGCGGGACGCGCGGCGCCGAUGUCUCUAGAAGAUCUCGAAAACGAGCUCAUGUCUGGAUACGACGACGAACCCGAGGACGACGAGCCCGCCAAGCCGCACAAGGCGUUCGAGGCGUUGACGAAUUUCAAGUUCAACAAAGCACGUAUCCUUCAG